AUGAGCUGUACCAAUGCACAAUGGAUGUCUGAGCUGCCCCCUGAACUCUGGGACAUCCCUCUUCACCAUCUUUCCAUUCCUGGUAAGCAUAUAUCCAUCUGGCUUGUGCACAAAAAAUCAUUUUGUCUGUUUCACAGACUCGACAUGAUGCAAAUGAUUAUGUGAAGAACUGGGGUUUCCUUGCAGUGGACCAAGGUAUUUGUAAUGAUCUCUACCUUGUAGGCACUGAAUAUAACUGAACAGCUGGAUGCUGGAAUCCGGUAUUUUGAUCUGAGGAUUGCUCACAUGAUUGAUGGCUCUGAGAAGAAUUUGCACUUUGUACACCUCAUAUACACGACAGCUUUAGUGGAGGAUACUCUAACGGACAUUUCUGAGUGGUUACAGAAUCACCCUAAGGAGGUGGUGAUAUUGGCCUGCAGGAAUUUUGAAGGACUGACUGAUGAACUUCAUCAGUAUCUUGUCACCUGCAUAAAAAACAUUUUUGGAAAAAUGCUGUGUCCCAGAGGUGAAAUGUUGACACUGAAUCAACUAUGGAGACAUGGAUACAGGAUUAUUGUCUCAUAUGAAGAUGAGAUUUCUGUGCAAAGGCACAAGGAGCUAUGGCCUGGAAUCUCAUAUUGGUGGGGAAAUAAGGUGAAAGCAGAUGAUCUGAUCUGUUAUUUGGAAUCAAUGAAAGAAUCUGGACGCCCAGAUGAAUUAUUUGUUGCAGGGAUUAACCUUACUGAAAACCUUCAAUAUAUUUUGGCCCAUCCAUCUGGAUCAUUGAAGAAAAUGACUUUUCUUAACCUCCCAUGCCUGUAUGCAUGGGUUCAGAAACAGUGUCCUGGGCCAGGGACAAAGUGCACCAAUAUCAUUGCAGGAGACUUCAUAGGAGCUGAUAGUUUUGUCAGUGAUGUCAUUGCUCUCAAUCAAAAGCUUCUUACAGACUGACCAUGUUCCUUUAUUUUUUUUGACAUAAGGUAUCCAGGUUGC